AUGAUGAUCAAAAUACUGCAAAUAAUAAGGAGCACCAGACAGUUCAGCACUCUGGUAGCAAGAGUACAAGCUGCUAAGUCAUCCUGUGUCGCUGGAACCAAGCUCAACUUGAAGAUCAGGAAAAAUGGUGAUGAACCAGUUGCAUUGGAAGACUCCGAGUACCCAGAAUGGUUAUGGGAUAUGCUUGAUAAAAAGAAGUGUGAUGAGAAAUUGAAAGAGACUGAUUUCAUGAAGUGGAGAAGAAAGCACUUGGGAAAGGAAAAUGCUAAGAAGAUCAAGAGUAAUAACUUUUUGGCCAAUGUUAAGUAA